AUGCGGCGUUGCACAUUGCGCAAUUGCGCAAUUGCGGAAACUUGUAAACUAAUUUUGACUGACUUUUAUCAACCCAAUACUAAUUUUAAUCCUUACAUUCAUUAUAAUGCUGAACAAUUUGCUUUAUCUAAUGGAGGUCCUGCAUAUAAUGUACCUGCACUAAAUGUGGCUUCAGGUACCCAAUUCAAUGCACAACAACCAUCAAGGUUUGAGGCUCCAAAUUUGCAGCGUGUCCCUACUACCUUAAAUUAUAGCAUUCGUCAUACUUCAGAAAAUGAAGGUGAAUUUGAAAGUAAACUUAUUGGCUCUCCAAAUAAUGCCAUACCUGAGCAAAUGAACAGUGCUGCAAUGUUAGAUAAACAAUAUUUACUUCUUGGAAAUGAUAAUGGUUUGUGGGUAAUGGAUUUCUCGACUCACUGGGAUUUAAUAAAACCAUUACAAUUAAUUCGUGGAUGUUCAUUUAAGAAACUGCACGUUCUUGAAGAGUAUAAUAUGAUGAUUGCUAUUGCUGGAAAGAAAGAUAUGAUCAGAAUAUACAGAUUGGAUUCAUUAUUACAUUUAAUUAAAUUUGUGAGCAACUCUGAAUCAAAAUCUCCUAUUGAUCUUUCUAAAGCUCCUAGAAAAAUUGCUGCUCCUAAAUGUGAAAGUUGUGGUCGUAUAUUAGAGGAUAAUCGCACUAGUCCUAAUUGUCCACAUUGUGGAUUUGCUCCCAGUGUUAACUCAAAAUUAGUAUCUAAUUUAGCUGAGCCACUUAGGCCAUCUCCUUCAAAAUUAAACCGUAAAUUAUCAACUUUUACUUCUAAUUUAUCUAUUUAUGUUCGAAAUUAUCUUUCCAAUUCUCCGGGUAUAAAUGCCAGUAUGUGGCGUUGGGCAACAGAUUACAUAAGUUUACCUGAAUCUGUAAAAGAUUGCACAACUUUUGAUAUCACUGAGAUAAAAAACAUUAUUUACUUAACGGCAGUCACGUUAAAUAAUGGAAUUAUUCUGUUUUCAAUGCCUACGGAAAUGAAAGGCUCCCCGGAUUGUAAAUUCGAUUAUUUAAAAUCUUAUUAUGUUCCUGGCUCAUUAAAUUUUGUUAAUGUGGUCGUAGAUUCAUCAUCCAUUAAACAAAUAAUUGCAAUUACCGGUAUUGGUAGUAGUAAGGCUGCAAUUAUCGAUUGUUAUACGACUGAUGUCACUGAGAUUAAUAUGAAAAAAAAUAUUACUCCAAAGGAUGUAGAAUUUCCAUCAUGGACAAACUUCAUACAAAUCCCAUAUUCAUAUUCUUUAGAUUUUUUAAAUAACAAUCCUAUUGUAACUGAUGAUCGUCCAAUUAUACCUUUGUCACCUCCAUAUAAUCAAUCCCAUCUUUCCCCAUCAUUUCUAACUUAUUCACAUAACACGCCACCAGAAAAGGGAAAUGAUAAUAUUUCACGUCGUUUCACCUACCAGGUUAACAGGAUUACAAAUGAAACACUAGAUCAGGAUACAGCACGUCGUCGUUCUUCUGAAUUUCCAUCUGUAACAAAUUCGGAUGUUCCUCUAUCACCACCAAUGUCACCUGUUAAGGCUACAUUUGAAACUUUAUUACCAGGACAAGUCUUUGUUUGUACAAUCUCAAAUACGUCCUAUCUCGUCAAUAUACAUGCUGAACCUUACAAACAUCAUCGAUCUAUACACUGGUCAUCUGAUCCAAUACAUAUUACUCUUUUGCCGACUUUUGAUGAUAUAUUACUCAUAGCAUUUGAAAAACAAACAAUUGAAAUCGCUUCAUUGAAAACUGGUAAAGUUAUUAAAAAAGUUACAGGUGGAUCACAAGUUAAAUUUUUGGGUGAAUCCUUGAAAAAGCCACCGCAACCAAAAGGAAAUUUACCACAAUAUAAGACUGAUGAAAACCAUCUUAAUAACUUUAUAAGGAAACAUGUAUUUUGGUCUAGUAAAAUGAAUACCGAUGUUUAUGUUUAUCGAGGGUUGAUUGCUUAA